CAAACACUGACAUUCUUACACUACCACGCACCACCACACAGUACACAAAACACUGCCCUCAAUUCUCUCCCCACACGGGACAUGGAUGUUGUCAAUUUCAUGAAAUCAUCAUCGGACAACCAAAUGGAGAUAAUGACCCUUUUGACCAUGCGCCGUCCAGACCAAAGAACGCCCAAUCCUUACACCACCUGCCUCUCCUUCUCCGCCGCCGCCGGCGGAUGCCAUCAAGAACUCUUUCCUGCAGAUCCGGCCAAGGAGGAGGAGGAGGCGGCUCUGUUUCCCCACCACAGCGCGGCGAACUCCAUGGACGCCAUGAGGGAGAUGAUCUUCGGGAUAGCGAUGAUGCAGCCGAUCCACAUCGACCCGGAGUCGGUGAGGCCGCCGAAGAGGAAGAACGUGAAGAUAUCGAAAGAUCCGCAGAGCGUGGCGGCGAGGCAGAGGAGGGAGAGGAUCAGCGAGAAGAUCAGGAUCCUGCAGAGGCUGGUUCCCGGCGGGACUAAAAUGGACACCGCUUCUAUGCUGGAUGAGGCUGUGCAUUAUGUUAAGUUCUUAAAAAAACAGCUGGAGUAUUUGGAGCAGGCGGCGACGGCGGCGAAUCCGGCCAUGGUUUCCGGCUUCCCGCCUCUGCAUAUGAAUAUGAGUUAUUCCGGCUCCGCCGUCAAAUCAUCCCCGGGGUUUCCGUCGAUGGGGUGUAAUUUACAAAUGAUGAGUUAAUUAGCACAUACGCCGUAUAUUGACACGAGAUCGGAGCGCUCGCCGGCAAACCGGUAGUGCUCGCCCUGGUUUUUGUAAAGCUUUUCCUGGCUAGAUUCUAGCUAGGCCUACAUGUUUUAUUUCUUCAUUUGUCCUUUUCGGUUAACUAAUUUGUUUUUGCCGGUUUCAUUAAUUAAUAAUUCUACAUGCUUUAUUUCUUAAUUUGUAGUUUCAACUUUUGCACCAGAUUUGAAUAGACAGG